UCGCACAAAUAUUCCCUCGAGGGAAAAAAAAUCAAGAGCAAAGAGACCAACCAAACGUGUGUGGCCUCCUCCUCCGUUCCGUUUCGCAGUCGUCGUCGUCGUCUCCGAUGAUGAUAAGCUGCGACUGCGAGAUGGUGGUGGAAGAGCACUGGGAAUCAACCUAACCAGCAGCAGCAGCAGCCACAGCAGUGAGCUUCUUCCAGGCCACAGAAAGAGAGAGAGAGAGGGGACCAACUGAAAAGAGAGAGAAGCUAGAAGGAGAGGAGUCCAAACUUCCAAGACACCCACUACUGCUGCUACUGUGUUCGUGUUCCUCUCUUGGCCUCUCUCUUGGUUCGUGUUCCUUCCUUCUUUCUUUGCGAGAAAGAAAGAUGGGAUUCUGGGAGCGCUAGGUUUUCCUGCUCAUCUGAUUCUUGGUUCUACAUCCAGUUCUUGGGUGUGUUUUUCUUUUCCUUUUUCUCCAUGCGCUUCUUGUGUUUGAGAAGUGGUCGGUAAUCUCGAGGGAAGUACGGAGCCACGCGGUUCCAAAAUCUCCCGUCUUGGCCUGGUUCCUGUUGACGCGGCAGAUGAUUUUCACGGAGAAAUUUGAGAGCUUCCCGUAGUUUGAUGUUCCAAGCAGCCAAACCUAAGGAGCUCCAGUGGUGAGGAGAGGGGGGCAAGAUCAAAUCUCGGUGCAUAUUUCUGCAAUCCGAAGACUGUGAUAUUUUGCAACAACCAGAGCUGAAUUUGCCAAAGUGGAGGCAGUAUUGGGUUCUUAGACUUCUCAGGGACAAGAUCUUGCAUUGGACUUGAAAUUCACAACACCAUCGAACUGAAAGAACAGUAGUUUGUUGGAUUUGGGGGAUGGAGAGGCAAUCCAGCAGCCGGCUCGGCGCUCUGGAGAAGCUGAAGAGCUUCCGGGGGAUAGAGAAGCAGAGAAGCUUCAAGUUCCUGUCCAUGGAGAAGCAGCAGAGCUUCAAGAGGAACAAGGACAGCCCUGGGAAGAGGGGUGACACCGAGCUCCACCUUGCAGCAAGGGCUGGCAGUGUCCCCCAUGUUCAGAAGAUCUUCGCCGCGAGUGAUCCGGAGCUGGUGGGGGAAUUGGCUGCUCGUCAGAACCAGGACGGCGAAACCGCGCUGUACGUGUCUGCCGAGAAGGGGCACACUGAGGUUGUGAGUGAGAUACUGAAGUUUUGUGAUCUGCAGUCAGCAGGGCUCAAGGCUACUAACAGUUUCGAUGCGUUCCAUAUUGCGGCGAAGCAGGGCCAUCUGGAUGUUUUGAAGGAGCUCUUACAAGCAUUUCCAGCAUUAGCUAUGACAACAAAUUCCGUAAAUGCCACUGCUUUGGAUACUGCUGCCACUCAGGGCCAUAUUGAUAUUGUCAAUCUUCUGCUGGAAACAGAUGCAAGCCUAGCCAGAAUAGCUAGAAAUAAUGGCAAAACAGUUUUGCAUUCAGCAGCAAGAAUGGGUCAUGUGGAGGUGGUAACAGCAUUGUUAAAUAAAGAUCCAGGGAUUGGUUUUAGAACAGAUAAGAAAGGACAAACAGCACUGCACAUGGCUUCGAAAGGCCAAAAUGCUGAAAUUCUGCUUGAAUUGUUGAAGCCUGAUCUCUCAGUUAUCCAUGUGGAAGAUAACAAAGGGAACAGAGCAUUGCAUGUUGCAACUCGGAAGGGCAACACCGUUAUAGUCCAGACUCUAAUAUCAGUCAAAGAGAUCGUAAUCAAUGCAGUUAAUAGAGCAGGAGAGACUGCUUUUGCUAUUGCAGAGAAACUAGGUAAUGAAGAACUUUCUAACAUCCUGAGAGAGGUUGGUGGUGAAACUGCAAAAGAGCAAGUAAACCCUCCGAAUUCAGCAAAGCAGCUUAAGAAGACAGUUAGCGACAUUAGGCAUGACGUCCAAUCUGGGAUCAAGCAAACACGUCAGACCAAGAUGCAAUUCCAAAAAAUCAAGAAGAGGAUUCAAAAGCUUCACAUUGGUGGGCUAAACAAUGCCAUCAACUCCAAUACUGUUGUUGCGGUGCUUAUUGCCACAGUUGCCUUUGCAGCCAUAUUUACUAUCCCUGGUAAUUUUCUGGAAGAUAUGAAAGAUCCACAUGAUCCCAACAUGACCUUAGGGCAAGCAUUUGUAGCAAGCAAUCCGGCAUUUAUAAUCUUCUUGGUAUUUGAUGCCUUGGCUCUUUUUAUCUCGCUUGCCGUCGUCGUUGUCCAGACCUCUCUAAUUGUUGUUGAGCAGAAAGCCAAGAAGAAGAUGGUCUUUGUGAUGAACAAGCUGAUGUGGAUGGCAUGCCUUUGCAUCUCAGCAGCCUUCAUAGCACUAACAUAUGUCGUCGUGGGCCGUGAUGAUCGGUGGCUAGCUUGGUGUACAAUGGCAAUCGGCACCGCGAUCAUGCUGGCCACCCUUGGGUCCAUGUGCUACUGCAUUAUCGCUCACAGGAUGGAGGAGAAGAACAUGAAGAAGAUCAGGAGGUCAUCCACCAGCCAGUCGUGGUCCAUAUCAGUCGAUUCGGAUACAGAGCUACUGAACAACGAAUACAAGAAGAUCUAUGCACUUUAGGAUAACAAUAUAACCUGUGGUCGAGUCUUGUAUAUAUCGAAGCCCGUUUGCCUGAUGAAACUCCAUGGCAUUCAGCGGAGUUUGACUCACAAAGUAUAUUUAGGCCUAGAACAUGGCAGCUUUGUGCAACUGAAGCCUCCUUUUGUGUAGAGAAAGGAGGCCAUCCAUCUCACUGCAUUUGCUACUAUAUAGAUUCCAGGUGAUACUUUGAAGCAGCCACUUUUUUGUAGGCAUCAUAGGAGUAUUGGUAAAGCAGAAUGUACUCUUAAUGCUCACCAAUGUGUAUCUGUGGAUGAUGAUAAUGAAAAACCAUGCAAUUAUACUAGUAUAGAUAGUGGAAUAAACUGCCAUUUUCUGUCAAAGUUGUACUGUCACUGAUGCUGCUACAUGAGCUAAAAAUGAAAGUGAUGCAUGCUUACUGCA